AUGGGUGUAUAUGCGAAAAAGCGUUCCCAUAGCUCUCGGGUGUCGACUGGAGACGUGGCAAAUACGUUGGAUGAGGCUGGAGGCCGAGGAUGCCUGAGGCCAUCUUCGGAGCGGAAAAAGUCGACGGAGAAUUAUAUGGAGAAGAAGAACAAGAGGGCUCGCGAUAUUUGGAAAAGACAACGCGACAGGACUUACUCCCUGGCUGGUGCCCUGGCAACGAAGCGGCUUUUUCAGCAGGUUGACGGAUGGUCGAUCCGGAUGAAAACGGGUUGA